AUGAAACACUACAAAUUUACUGCGCCCGAGGCAAUAGCAUGGAUCCGUAUCUGCCGACCGGGGUCAAUAAUUGGCCAACAGCAGAAUUGGUUGGAGGAACAGCAGGCCUGGUGUUGGGAGGAGGGUCGAAAGGAGAGAAGUCGCAGCCAACCGCCCUCGCCGGUUAUGUUUCGUCAUCGAAAGGAGAAUGGUGCCAACGUGAUGACUAACAGCCAGAAGUCUAGACCACUUGGCAAGGUCAUUUAUAUUGACAAAGAUUCGCUAAAAACGUCAAAUCAACUUAGAGAUGACCUGAAUCUGAGGUAA